GGAGCCUUCGGAGUGCUGGGGUCAGCAGGAGCUGACCCUCUGCUGCAAUCAGAGCAGCCUUUAAAGUCUUACUUGUAUGGUUGGACUGAACUGGAAAAUGCGCUUCUGCUGAAGAUCCUGAGUUGCCCAAUGAGAAAAACGGAAUGGACUACUCAGGUCUAGAAGAAGUGCAGCACGUGGCCCCAUAUCAAAGCCUCUAUGAAAACCUGGAAGAAGAGGUACAUACUAUACAGGAGUCAUUACAACAACUGCAACAACUCUUGACAGACCUUCCCCAUGAUAUGCUGGAGGACAGUGGAGACCAGCUCUCCAGCUAUUCAGACUGUAGCAUUCAUGAGAGUGAGGAGCAAUCAGUUGAGCCUCAGAAGCCUGAUGGACGGUGGAAUGAUCAUCCAUUGAUCGUUGAUCCUCAAAACAAACAUACUUUGACUAUUGAAGAACUGAAAGAAAAUGAGGAAAAACUGAAAAACUCAAACCUGGAUCUCUGCUGUCAGAUGAGAAAGAUUGUUCAAGAUUUUGAUGAGAAUAAGCAAGAAGCGCUUGACAGGUGUGAAAGAACUUAUCAGCGACAUCAUGAGGAUAUGAAAGCCCAGUUUGAGAAAGAGUUGAUCGAGAAGUAUGCUGCAGAAAACCAGCAGCUUCUACAAAGUCACGAAGAGAGGGUCUCGCAGCUGAAGGCUACCAUAGAGGAGCUGAACAGAGAGAUGACUACGGUGAAGGAAUGUUACAUAGCGGUCUGUGGUGAGAAGGACACCUUGGAAGCUACUUUAAAGCAGAAAUUUGAGCAAGAGCAGCAGCUGAAAGAAGAGAAGCUCAAGAAAUGGCUUCUAGAAGAAAAAGAAGAGUCUCUUAACCUUCUGAGGAGCAAGCUUGAAGAGAAAUACAGUGAUUCUAUGAGAGCAGCAAAGCAGCAGUGGCUGAAAGAAAAAGGAGAGCAGGUUGAAAAGGAAGUCGCGUUAGCCAAAGUCCACUGGGAGAAGGAAGAAAAAAAGAAUAUAGAACAAGUCAUUGGAGGGAUAGAAGGAGAAUGGCGAAAUAGGCUGGAAGAAAUGAGAAGAACUGUAGCUGACUGCAAUGACUGUGGCAGCCAAACUGACAGAGUGACAGUAGUGGAUGAUGCUUCAUUCAAAGAGUUAGCAAGGAUCAUUGCAGAUCAGAAGCUGCAGAUCGAGAAGGCUCUGAAGGAAAAUAUGUCCUCUGAAGAGGCCUUAAGAGAAUUUGAAAUAGAACUGGAAAAUAAAUACUGUAAACACCUUGCCAUCCAGGUAGAGGAAGCUUUAACCCAAGCUCGUGACAAGUGGCUGCAAGUAUUAAGAGACCUCAGAGAGUAUAAAGUAAAUGUAAAGACGGAAGAAGAAAAAUGUGAAAGGGAACACCAAGGGACUGCAGCAAAACAGUUAGCCCUGAUUCUCUCAGCUGCCGAAGAGAAGUGGAAGAAAGAACAUGAGAAUACAGAGAGGUCUGGAGCAAGAAUGAAAGAACUGGAGGAAAAGGUGGUUUCUCUCAGGAAGGAGUUGGAGCUAAAGAAAGAAGAAAUGCCUGCGGCUAUCAAAGCAGAACUAGCCAGAGCCCGUGCUCAGUGGAACAAAGAAAAGCAAGAAGAAAUCUUGCGGAUACAAGAGCAGAAUGAGAGAGACUACCGUUUUUUCUUGGAUGACCACAGAAACAAGAUUAACGAGGUACUUGCCACCGCAAAGGAGGAUCUUGCAAAGCAGAAGAACAGUCUCUCCGCCCAGAAAGAGGCGGAAAUGAAGAUGUUACUAGACCAGAAGCAGCGGGAGUGGGAGGCGCAGGAAACAAAGAGACUUCAGGAUGAGAUCAGUCGUUGUGAGGAGAAGAUUCUGGUUGAGCUUGAGCACUUGUUGCAAGAAGUCCAUGAAGAGCUAGUUGAGUGCGCAGCUAGUAAGUGUUCCUGGGAGGACAGGUGUUCUGAUGCUCCCGAUCAAUUAAAUAAUCGAUGCAAAGGCAAACUGAAGGCAUGCUUACAGAAGGCCUACAGAAGAACAGUUCACACAAUUCUGGAAAAGGACAAGCAAGAAUGGAAAGAGAAAUAUGAAGAGCUAGUGAGUAGCGUCAAUAAAAAUGCAUACCCUAGCAUGCCCCGAGGCACAGGAGAAACUGGAGACCUGGCGACACCUCCUUCGUACGGCAUUGGUCAGCAGGCAGAAACACAAAGAAAGCCGAGAAGAUGUCCACCCCUGCAGAGAACUGGAACAGAUGGAGGAAAUGAGAAGUUUCUUGAAGCUCUAACUGCCGAAAACUCUGAGGUGAAGGCUAAACUGAGAGACCUGGGAACACCGCCAAGGUCACUGUCAGAUGGAGGUGUCUCAAAACCCUGCACGUCCUGCUGCCCGGUGAAAGGGCUGGAAGAAAUGCGUGCUCUGUACAUUACAACCGUGAGCAAGAUUAAGAGUGAUAUGCUUAAUUAUAUCCGUGGAAGUAAGGAGAGGGCUGCCGCUAUGAUUAGAGUGGAGGUUUUAAGAGAGCGCCAAGAGACAGCACGGAAAAUGCGGAAAUACUAUUUGACGUGUCUUCAGCAACUUCUUACUGAUAAUGGGAACUAUGAAGGAGCUGAGAAGAAAAUAAUGAACGCUGCCAGCAAGCUUGUUACAAUGGCUAAAGGACUUGAAACGCCUCUUCGACACACAUCCCAGAGCAAAACUACCCGCUCAGCUCUGCUGCUAAAUUUUGAUCUGCCAACCGGAGGAGAGUACUCAAAAAGAGAUGGCCUAUCUCAAAGUCGGCUAAACCGCAUGGAAAGCAAAUCUUGUGGCAAAAGUAUUACCGAGAAAGCUAAUGAUAAAGUUGUUCAUAAGUUCGUUCCUCGUGACUUGAGACAGCAAUUUGAUGCAAUGCAGGCUGAAACACAACAUAUGCUUCCUGAAACAGAUGCUUCAUAUAUUCAGAAUGGGAAUAAAAGUUAUAAAUAAAAGUAAAUAAAAUCUCUUCAACAGA